UGAAUGUAAAAAUCUGGUCUCCUUUUAUCAAUACCGUUUCUCUCUCGCCGGAAUAUUCUUGCUACUUCGUCUCCUUAUCGUCCCCCACCGUCACAUAUUCACCAGUAAGCAUAUCCAUUUUGCUUCCUCAUCUCUAACAUUAGUUUCUCGUUAAUUUCGGAUAAGGAAGAUGCCGGACGUCCAAUCAACGGUGGUGGAAUUUGUUAACAAGCUCAGAAAACGUAAGAUUGAGGGCUCACAAGCUACAGCCAAAUGCACCGUAGAGCUACUUAGGUCAGUGAUUUCGCAUCAGCGGGUGCCUCACGCAAACCAAGCUGCUGCUCUUAUCGAUGCUGUGAAAGCCGUUGGUGAGCAAUUGGUCGCUGCUAAUCCUGUUGAGCUUGCGGUGGGAAAUGUAGUUAGACGGGUUUUGCAUAUUAUAAGGGAGGAAGAUCUUUCUCUCACUACAGCAGCUAUGGGUGGUUUGGACUUGUUGGAUGCAAGUGAUGAUGAUGAUGUAGAUAAUUGCAAAGGAAUUGGGUAUCCUGCAAUGUCUGCAGCAGUUGUUGCAGCUGCAGCUAGGAGUACGUUACGCCCUCCAUCUUUGCAAACGCUUCUCGAGGGUACUCCUGAAUCUGCAACUGUUCCAUACACAUCUUCAUCCGGUGCUGAUUCCGAAAGCAAAAGUAAAUCUGCUGAUAAAAGUUCAUUAACUCGGAAGCUGAAGCAUGAUGUUAUCGAAGGAGUGAAUCAACUUAUUCAUGAGAUUGCUGGUUGUCAUGAGCAGAUCGCUGAACAAGCUAUAGAGCAUAUACAUCAAAAUGAGGUGAUCCUAACCCUGGGUAGCUCAAGAACAGUUCUUGAGUUUAUGUGUGCUGCCAAGGAGAAAAAAAGAUCUUUUCGUGUAUUUGUCGCCGAAGGUGCUCCAAGGUAUCAGGGCCAUCUCUUAGCAAAAGAAUUGGUAGCUAGAGGUUUGCAGACCACUGUGAUCACUGAUUCUGCAGUGUUUGCGAUGAUAUCACGAGUGAAUAUGGUUAUAAUUGGAGCUCAUGCAGUGAUGGCUAAUGGUGGGGUUAUAGGACCUGUUGGUGUCAAUAUGGCUGCUCUUGCAGCACAAAAGCACGCAGUCCCAUUUGUGGUUCUAGCCGGUAGUCACAAGUUGUGUCCACUCUACCCUCACAAUCCGGAAGUAUUACUAAAUGAGCUGAGAUCUCCAUCCGAACUGCUGGAUUUUGGUGAAUUCUCUGAUUGCCUGGAUUUUGGAGCGGGUUCCGGGUCUAUUCAAGUUGUCAACCCAACAUUCGAUUAUGUCCCACCAAACCUUGUUAGUCUCUUUAUAACGGACACGGGAGGACACAAUCCAUCCUACAUGUACCGUCUUAUUGCGGACUAUUACUCUGCUGAUGAUUUGGUGAUGUAGCGAUAAAGGAUUAGUUUUUGGUCACUUGGUGGGAACUAUACAAGAGUCAGUCUGAUGAUAGUCGGUCAUUCACAAUUGAAGAAUAUAUGUACAUUGCACAAAAACAGUUGCUCAAGGAUUGUGAAAGAGAAGGAGAAACAUCUUUGUGUCUGAAAUUUGUCAGGCCAAGUUUAUUUUUGCCGUGUCUUGGGAGUAUAAUUCGGUAAUUCCUUUAGCUCAGUCUCAAUGGUGUCUAUUGUUACUUGAUAUACUUUUCCUCAACACAAGAAUUUUCUUUCGUUGGCUUUUGUAUUUGCAAAUACGAGAAUUACCACCGGAGGUGGACAGGACAUCUUAUUUUUAACUAACUAAA